AAAGGUAAGGUAAAGGCUAAGAUAUGUUUUUUGUUUGUAACAAUAGAUAGAUUCCAUCGUUACUUCGUGUUCUUCUUCUUCUUCCUUCUUCAAUCUCCAAAUUCCAAUUUUCCAUUAUCAUCAUCAAAUUCAACAUGGUAACAGCAUCAAUUUCAUCUCAACCGUUCAUCCUCUCACGCAUAACCAACACACCACAUCAUCAACAACAACCACUUCUUCCAUCUAUCUUCUUCCUCCGUCGUCCCAACAACCGUCGUCCUUUUCUCUUCACAACUUGCUGCCACCACAUAGACGGAGGAGGAGUUGGAGGAGGAGCUGACGACGUCGUUUCGACGCGGAAAUCAACGUUCAAUAAAGGCUUCACAGUUAUUGCUAACAUGCUUCGGCGUAUUAAACCCCUUGAUAACUCCGUUAUCUCUAAAGGUGUUUCUGAUAUUUCUAAAGAUUCUAUGAAACAAACUAUUUCUACUAUGCUUGGUUUGUUACCUUCUGAUCAUUUUCAAGUUACUGUUAAUCUUGAUAUUCAACCUCUUCAUCGGUUACUUGUUUCUUCCAUCAUCACAGGGUACACACUGUGGAAUGCGGAGUACAGGAUGUCCUUGACGCGGAAUCUGGAAAUGUCCUGUGGGGAUAGAGGGUCGGAUUGUGAAACGCCUUUGGAGACUUUGGAGGUGAACGGUGGAAGAGAGGAUCGUGAGGAAAGAGAGGAUGGUGAGGAAAUUGAGAAGGUUGUUUCUGAUUUGGGAUUCAAGGAUUUGGAAAUUUGUAGCAGCAGCACCAGUAGUGGCGCGGGAGUCUUUGGAGAUUUGCCGCCUCAGGCUCUGAAAUACAUUCAGCAGUUGCAAUCUGAGCUGACAAACAUGACGGAGGAGCUGAAUGCCCAGAAGCAGGAAAUGAUGCAAUUAGAACACGACAGGGGAAUUCGGAACAACUUACUGGAAUAUCUUCGCUCUUUCGAUCCUAAUGUGGUGGCUGAAAUGUCUCGGCCUUCAUCAGUUGAAGUGGAAGAUAUAAUUCAUCAACUUGUUCAAAACAUUUUGAGAAGAUUCUUGCUGGAUGAUGCUAGCUCUAACUUUAUUGAACAAUCAGUAGAAGACUAUCACCCCGACAGUGAUGACGAGUUUAGUGAUACAGUAGCCACUUCUCGCGAUUAUCUAGCAAAGUUGCUUUUCUGGUGUAUGUUAUUGGGUCAUCACUUAAGAGGAUUGGAAAACAGAUUGCAUUUAAGCUGUGUUGUUGGACUUUUAUAGAGAAAUAAUGAUGGAAGCCUUGUAUAUUCUUUUCUUUCCCUUUUUCUCAUCCAACCCCCGAAAUCCCUAUACUAAAUUUUCUGUAACACUAGUUCAAUGUAAAACUGAAAAUGAGAAUAAUCAAGUGCAAUCCUUGCUUUA